GCGAUGCACUUGUUCCUAGUAGUAACAAGUUUGUUGAAUCAAAGUUUCUGGUUUGGCAAUUUACACAUCAAGCAUUGUUUCCACGAGCCCAGAAUCGCACCGGACAUUUGAAAGAGCGAAACCGGAGAAAGAACGACGACAAGUCUUGUUUUCGAAAGAACGACACCCCCCUGAAACUGUUUGAUUCACACGUCCGUUUAAGUUACUUCUUGGGAUUUCUUGGGAACUUGUGUUUAAACCAGAAGGAUGCAGAGUUUUACUUAGGGCGGAGGCUGCAAAGUCGCAAGUUGCGGCAUGGUGUAAGAACAUUUGGACCGCAACAUGCUGGGCUCCCAUCAAUUUAAUUUAGGCAAGCAGAAGGUCAGCCUGUGCAUGCGAUUGGAGAGUGAGUGGAUUGAGCAGAUGUGGGCAACCAGUUGUAGCUAGCAGCUAGCGGCUAGCUUCAAUGUGAACCAUACGGCUCACGGCCCACCAGGCUCACAGCCUUGAGAUGGGAGUUCUAUUGUCGGUCUGCGUACCUGAUGCAAAGCGAAGUGAGGAGCCCUUUGGUGCCUCUGCAAUGGUAUAUCGCAACGACACAGAUAUGUCUGCUCCUUCGCGCUUUGCUGCGAAGCAUACCGGUGCUGGUGCAGUAACAAGGGCUCCUCGGCCUGGCCCAGGGCCAGAAAGAAGAGAGGCAGUAAGCCCGAUUGCUGUGGAGCCCUUGGCUGCGGAGCCUCUUCAUGCGGUCGAUACACCAGCUGUGCCGGAUGGCAAAGGUGGUGGAAAAGGAAAGUUCGAUCCGAGCAGGAAGCUUCGAGCAGAGAUCGCAGAGAUGAACUACAAGAUGCGAAAUACUUGGCCUGUGCCACCAUGCCGCUACGUAUCUUUCCAAGAGGUAGAGCGAGGGCGAGCGAAGGUGGCUCCUGUUUGCCAAGCACCCCAGGUGACCUUCUCCAAAUGGUCUACAGCUGAUGCCUUGUUGAAGUUUGGCAAAGUCCGCGGCAAAGAGACAUGUGGACUGAACUUUGCAAACGGCGAGCAGGUUGGAGGAGGUUACAAGACAGGCGCAUUGGCACAGGAGGAGGACUUGUGUCGUCGCAUUCCAAAUCUUUAUACAUCCCUUCUGAAUGCAAAGAGGGAUCGCAUGUAUCCAUUUGGACCCUGCACCUGCCGCUCACCGGACAGGCCUGAGAAGUACUCCGACGUGCUUUUCACUUCCGACCUGGUUGUGGCGCGAGCAGCUGAGGAGUACAAUUUCGAGGUGUUGCCACCAGAACAGCAGGUGAAAACAUCUUUGGUCACGGCGGCAGCACCGAAUAUCAAUUUCGCCAAAGAAAUCUCCGAUCUGAAGCUAAUGCGCAAUUCGGUGGAAGCUAUUUUUAUUGCGCCAAGACUUGUGAGGAAAGACAUCAAUACGCUGGUUCUCGGAGCCUGGGGCUGCGGUGCCUUUGGAGGCGAUCCAAAGGAGAUCAGCGAACUCUUCAGCUCCGUCCUGGCGGAGCUGGGGUCGUUGUAUCAAGAAGUGCACUUUGCAAUCCCUGGGGGCAAAUCCGGUACCAAUGGGAGAGUCUUCUGGGAGACGUUGAGCAGACGAUUUGAUGUUAAGGACAUUUCCUGAAGCAUGUGUUUCCUCGGAAGUAUUUGUCUCUCAUCGAGGCUUACAGCACAGAAUGCAAUCCGAUGCAAUUCUGGUUGGGUUGCCAUUCUGGUUGGUUAGGCAGUAAAUUUAUGUGUGAUUGAAACAACCUUGUUGCUGGCACGUCUUUCGUCAUCAUUUAUUGCACCAAAGAGUCUAAGACUGAAGCGGUGCGAUUUUGAUGACCUUUUCAACAGAUGCGUGACGAAGGGAUCAAGAAGCUUGGUUGUUUGGUUUGGGGGGCAUGCUUUGAGCGCGCAUUUCCGCCAACGCUUUUGGGCAACCUAUAUGUGUUUGGAACGCUUUAAGUGUUCUAUUGCUUUGCCAUUUUGCUCAAUCGGAGCCCAUACCAUGGGACAAAGAGGUCGGUCUCAGCCGGAGUAGCCCAUGAGGCGAGAUGGCGCAAAGGUAUCCGCCACCGCCAGAGGCGCUUCCAAAGGUACGAGAAGAAGCGCAAGGAGAGGUCGCUGUCAUUUGUGAUCCUCCUCCACCCACGUGUUUGCCCGGUGCUGGCAAAGCCUUUGCUUUGACUCCACCACCGCCCACAAACUUUCCGU